CCUGAGCUGCAACACACCCCCUGGAUAGGCGCCCUCAGAGUAGGCUGAGUGAGUGGUUGUUAUCUAUGUCCAUCCCGACGCUCGACUUAGCUGGUCCUCUGGAGGAAGGAGCCAAACAGCUAGUGGCUGCCCUUAAAGAUCCCGGUUUCCUGUACUUGAAGAAUGUCAAUGGAUAUCAAUCUGAUGAAACUGUAAGUACCACAAAGUGGUUCUAUGGCCCUGUCCAAGGAGAUACGGAUGUCUCUUGCUCGAAAACACUGGAAUCCUCAGAGUUUGAACAGUUAUCGCGGUUAUUACCCAGUAGUUGAAGGAGUCGCCUGCUACAAGGAGGGAAUUGAAUUCAGUGUUGAUCUCCCUGCUGAUGAUCCAGACGUGCUGUCAGAUGUGUACAUGUAUGAAGCCAAUGUCUGGCCGCCAAAGGAUAUUCCAGGGGCUCUGGAAUUCAAAAAUUAUAUUCUAAAUUAUUAUGCUUCCAUGAGUGAAGUGGGGCUUACAAUCACCCGGAUGUUAGCAAUUGGGCUUGGAAAGGAGGAAAAGUAUUUCGAUGAGCUUUUCGUGAACAAACCUCUGAGUACACUGCGACUGAUGCACUAUCCAGUGAGGCCACAGCCAAUACCUGAAUCUGCCAAGAAAGACGGGCUAGUUUUAACCUGUCUCGAACACACAGACUCGACCUUCAUGGCACUGCUGAGCACAUUCGACUAUGAGGGGCUGCAAAUUAUGCUGAAAGAUGGUUCUUGGGUAGACGUUUGAAAGUUCGACCAGACUGUCUCGUGAUGAAAUGCUGGAGAUGCUCUCAUCAAGGACACAGGUCAAUUUAAAGCCACGAGGCAUCGUGUAGUUUGACUAUGGCAAGGAAGCGCUACUCAGUUCCAUUCUUUAUCGAGCCUGCUACUAUGGAGAAUAUGGCCAGUUUGAGAGGGAUCUGAGUCAAAGGAAGAUAGAAUAUGACGAAAAUGAACCAUCAACUCUAGCCUUGGGUUGACAAAAGGAUGAAAGAACAAGAAUUUCUCUGAUUUUCCAAAGUAAAAGCCUUGGACAAUAGCUAUAGUUUCUCUGUACUGUAUUUUUCUGCCCAUUUCCGAGUUUUUGUUAUUGCAAAACCAUUAUCACACUAUUUCACCAGAGAAUGUGGCUGUACAUGCAAAAUAUGGAACUGCAGUACAGUUUCCAUAUGUUUCAGUAAAGCAACAUUACACUCUAUCAUACGUCC